AACGCAACCUUGAAUCCUCGACACCGUAUUUGCGCUUAUUUGUGCCCGCAACGUCGUCAAAGCAGCUUCCGUUGCCACUCGCCUUUUGACGCCGCGAGACUAUCGGUGGGCCACGCUGGGCGUCUUCACGCAGUGAGUACUCACUUGUACCCACUUGUACAAAGUUUGCACAGGUGAUUGUUGACGUUACGUCGCGACUGCUGGGAGCCCGCGUUGCCGUAAUCGAGCGUCACCGCCGUUUCAGUUUAACCUAAUCGUUGUGUUUUUCCGCGGAAACUUUUUCUCGUCUUGAGAAUCUUUCGUCCUCGUGAAUCGCAGUUCACUUCAUACGUAUGCAUUGUCUACUUGCGAUCAUCGUCGGCUGUUCUCGUGAGGAGGCUAUUUAAGUAGUAACAAUGUCUGUACAUUACAAAUUUAAAUCUACUUUGGACUAUGACACUGUGUCGUUUGAUGGACUACAUAUUUCAGUGGCAGAUUUAAAAAAGGCUAUAUUUCAUCAGAAACGUAUCGGCAAAAAUACAGAUUUUGAUUUACAAAUUACAAAUGCCCAAACAAAAGAAGAUUACACGGAUGAUAAUGCAUUAAUUGCUAAAAAUACUAGCCUUAUUGUUGCAAGAGUUCCAUUAACAAUACAACAAAAACGCUCUUGGGAUCGAAAUGAAACCCCUCCAUUUAGUAAUUUAAAGGACGAAGCUAAUUUGAACAGAGCUGUAGAUCUCACAAGAUUAGAUGGUUCGGAGGAGGAUAAAAUUCGUGCGAUGAUGACACAAUCAACUCAGGACUAUGAUCCCUCAAAUUAUAUGAAAAUUCGUGGAGCUAAUCAGACUGGUGAUGUACCUGCAAAUUAUCGUUGUUAUAAAUGUCAUCAACCUGGACAUUGGAUAAAAAAUUGUCCAUUGGGUACAAAUCAGGAACCAAUUGAAAUCAAGAAAAGCACAGGUAUUCCCAGAAGUUUCAUGGUACCUGUUGAGGGACCUUUGGUACCUGGUGCUAUGAUGACACCUACAGGACAUUAUGCUGUUCCUGCUAUUGAUCAUCAAGCUUACAAGGAAGGUAAGAAGGAACGACCACCAUUUUCACAAGAUCCAGAACCUGUGAUAGAGAAACCAGAGAUACCAGAGGAUUUGUUAUGCAAUAUUUGCAAAGACCUUCUGACAGAUGCAGUGAUGAUUCCAUGUUGUGGAAAUUCUUUUUGUGACGAAUGUAUUCGCACAUUUCUAUUAGAAUCUGAAGAACAUGAAUGCCCUGAUUGUAAAGAGAAAGAUGUAUCACCAGAGACUCUUAUUCCAAAUCGAUUCUUACGUAAUGCAGUAAUGAAUUUUAAGAAUGAAACUGGUUAUGCCAAGAGACAGACUUAUCGGCCUUCUAUUCAAAGUGGUGGACAAUCUGCAGCACCAACGGAUCAACCCAAAGUUGAAGCGCAGCAAACUACGAGUCAAGUAUCUUCUCAAGCUCAAGCUAUACAAUCAUCCAUCGCUCCUAAUGUACCAUCGCAAGAAUCUGUGGAAACGGAACCCACUAAUCUCGAAUCUGCCUCGCAACAUUUCCCAACUGCCACCUCUGGUUUGCAGCCACAGACAUCAACCACUCUGCCUGAACCCACUUCAGAAUCGCAUUUGCAAAGUGAUUCGGUAACAAAACUAACAGCUGACGAGGAAACUGAGGUACCUCCUCCUCCAGGGACAGAGCCUUUACUUCCGAUCCCUGCUAUCGUAAGUUCGCCGGAGAGAGAACGCGAGCGAAGUGAUCCUCCUAGUCGUGAUAAGAAAGAACGGGACAAUGAGUAUGCCGGGGAGCGUCAAUCGAGGGAGCGUCGACGAAGUUUUAGCAGGGAUGGACAUCGUGAGAGAAGUGGAGAACGUGGUCGAAGGAUUGAGAAUUUACGUCCGCUGAAUCGCAGCCGAAAUCGAUCCCUGUCACCUAGACAUUCCCAGCACGGCGAAUAUCCAUCAUCAUCGAGCGCAGUGCUGCCUCAUUUAAUGAACCCACCUUCUUCUAAGGGUUAUCAAGGUCAUCUAGCAGAUGAUGGACAUUAUCCGCCUGCUAUGCAUUAUGACAGUGGAAUACGUAGAUCUAACGAGGACCGCGCGGGUACUCCAACGGUCGACGAACCGCAUUUGCAUGUCCCCACGUCCGGCAAUCAACCACCAUUAUUGCCGUUUCCACCGGGCGAGGAGCGUAUCCCUCCGCCGAAUUACAAUCAACCACCACCGAAUGUACCCCCGCAUAAUCCCCCACUAUUGCCGGAUCCAUACUUGAAUCAUCGAAUACCGAUAUAUCCGCAUCAGCAGAGCUCUCAUUAUGGACCGCCGAGAUACGAUAGACCGCCUUACCAGCAGCAGGGAUAUCGACCGUCGCAGCCACCUCGAAACUACAACGGGCCGCCUAGACCAAUGAGAGGACUGCACCACAUGGGAUAUAGAAACUUGCAACCACCACCACCAGGUUUAGGUAGAAGCAUACACAAUGGAAAUCCACCUGGUAUUAUCGAUGAUCCAUUGGAGGCAUUUGAGCGUAUGCUCAGAGAGAAGGACGAAAGAGAUCGACGUUUAGGAAAGCACAGAAGAAGAAGCAGAACACGAUCGAGAUCGCGUAGCUACACUCGAUCGAGAUCGCGCUCUUUCAGUCGGAGAUCACCAUUUACGUCUCGCAUUAGUCGAUCUCGCAGUCCGCCAUCGAAACGGAGAUCAUCGAGAUCGCCAUUGCCGCUCAGACCUCGUAGUCGUACCCCGAAACGUAGAUCACGAAGCGGCAGCUUCUCCAUUAGCAGAUCUAGAUCGUAUUCUCGCAGUCAAUCGCCAAGGCUAUCUCCGUCAAGAGACAGAGAUAGGGAAAGAGACAGAGAUCGAGAGAGAGACAGAGAAAGAGAUCGUGAUCGCGAGAGAGAUCGCGAGCGAGAUCGAGACCGUGACUUAUUGCCCAGAUAUCGAUCGCCAGUCAGAUCACCUCCCAGAUUUCAAAGAGAAAGGGAUCGCGAGAGAGAUAGGCCGCGAUCACGCGAGCCAAGAGAUGGAUACGGUACUUACUAUGGCGAUUCACCGGCUCACGAUUAUCAAUUCCGUGAUCGUGAGCGGGAUUUACCGCCUAGGGAGAGGCCGUUGCCGAGAUAUCCCAUAAGGAACCAGCCGUCCCAACACAAUAUACCGCCGUUGAUGCCGCAUCUAGUCACUGGAGGUCAUCCACCACCGCCACUUAUGUCAUUGGGACCUCCGCCUACGGACAGGAAAGACUAUUAUGAUUCCUACAACAGAUAUUCCGGACCACCUCCUUCGCAGCGUUUUGGUAGUCCUCUGAGGGAUCCUCCGCCUCAUAAGCGAUUUGAAGAUGUCGCACCACCGGGUACCGAAGGCUAUUACGAUCUCUCGCCACCGGGCGUCGAGCAUUCCGACAGACCGUUGAGGGAAGAUCGGGAGCGGCAGCGUUCCUUAAGAGAUCAAGAAGAUCGGGAACAUUCGUCAAAGGAUCGUGACAAUGAGGAUCGUGACAGAUUGAGAGAUGACAGGGGUCGCGAUCGUGAAGAUCGUAUACGCGAGAGGGACGACAGAGAUCGCAGGAUCAUUAACAGAGAUCGCGAAGAUCGUGAUAGACAAGCUCCGCCGAGAGAUCAUGAAGACAGGAUACGAGAGAAAGAUGAACGCGACAGAAGAGAAAAGGAAAAAGAACGAGAUGAUAGGCAUAUUCGCGAUCGUCGAGAUGAUGAUAGACACAUCGAGAAGAAGGAUUACGAUAAAGAUCGUUACAGAGAUGAUCGAGAUCGUCAUAGGCAAGAUGACAAGAGUCGGCCGCGAGAGAAGGAGAGACGCGAGCGCGAAUACGAAUCCGAAAGAGAGAAGGAUAGAGAUCGUCACGAGCGGUACGAGAGGCGUUCGCUAGAGCGGAAAAAGGGCAGAAAAAGUUUAAGUCCGUACUCGCAGAAAUCUAGAGGCGAUCCUAAGGAUCUGUCGCCAGAGCGAAGUACGAAGAAGAAGGAAAAGGAACAUGAGGAGAAAGUGGAAGAGAAGAAGAAAGAAAAGAAAAUAAAGGAAAAGAAGAAGAAGAAGGAUAGCGACGAAAAAGAGAAGAAGAAGAAAAAGAAGAAAGACAAGAAAUCCAGUCAGAAGGAAACGCCUAAAGACGAUACGAUCAAAGUGGAAGAUGCGCUGCUGGUCGAGGAUAAAACGACGAAUGACACUUCGUCUUCGCCGCUUAACAAGCUCGACGCCGUGAAAACAUGCAGCGAGGAGGAUAACAUUGAAAACAGAAUAGAAUGUAUCGCCAGUGAGGCACCCAUCGUGCCAAUCAAGGAGGAAUUUGAGGACAAGUCUCUGGCGAUGAAUCCAGAACCGCCAGAAUUCAACGAGCUCAGUCCCGGCAGUGGUCGGCUUGAUCGCGCAGAAUUCGGUACUAAUCCACCGAAUCCAAAUUUCAAGCCAAUUCCAGAACUUAAGUCGGACAUGAAGCCAAUUGAUAGUCUCUAUGGUGGACUAGACGACACAGAGAUUAACACUGUGAUCACAGAAAAAUAUUCUCUACUGUCAGAACAUUCGCAAACCGAGACGAAAGAAGUCACCACCAUGCUAUCGACGGUGAAAUCCCCGAAGAAGGAUGAGUUCCUGGCACCCAUACCCGAGUUGUCCAAGUGGGAGAGAGACGACACAAUCGAGAAACCCGACGAUAACAAUGCGGAUGAAUCGCCGACGGAAAAAAUACAGAGAGAGGACGAACCAAAAUCAAUGAAGAUGGUUACUUCAGAAGUUCUAAAACGAGCGGAAAAUGCUAUAUUUCAAAAAGCCAUCAACGCGAUUCGACCAAUCGAGAUCAAGAAGAUUAGCGAAAGUAGGAAGAUAUUAUAUCAAAAUCCCGAACCUAAAGUGUUGGAGACAGUGGAACCAACCGCUAAUCGAGAGCCGCGAAAGAGCGUUAAUGUGACGAUUAAUGUUGGUAGAAACGAGAGAAAUGUCGAGAUCACAGAGCCGGUGAAGAAAGCUAAGCUUGAUCGUACCAAGUUCAAGCCCGUUCCAGAGACAGCCUAUUCGCCGACCAGGCUGUCCGCCAAAGAAAGACUCGGUGAGAAGAUCGAGGAGGGCAAAGAGAGAAAGAUCAGCCCUAUAAAAGGAUUUCUAGAGAGGCGCGACAAGAACGAGAAUCAGUCAAGAAGUCGAUCGCCCAGAAGAGAGAAGAGAAUUUCCCCUCCGCUUUUAGAACGACGCGUAGAGCCAUCUUCGUUGGGUUUAGCCACAAGCGGCGAGCGAAAGGUAUAUCUGGAUGAGAGAAAACGGGACAACAAAGAUAGAGGCGAUCGGUCGAAGGAAAGAUCGGAUUUUCGAGGCGACAGGCACAGUGGCGAUUUGCGGUCAGAGAGGGAGAGUAGAAUUGAUUGUAGAACAGAUUUCCGCUCAAAUAGAAAUGAUGUCAAGGGAGAACGCGUGGAAAAGGAUCGCGAUAAGGAGCGAGAUCGUGAACGCAGAGGUAGAACGCCUCCUUCGUCUUGCGCUUUCAAGAGAACGGAUCUGACGAAAAUAAGUUUAUUAAAAUCGAAGGAUGACGAGGAAGAGAGAAGACGCGACAAGAAAACGCGAGAGGAGAAAAAGAGGAAGAAGGAGCAUCGUAGCAGAAGUAAAUCUAAAGAGCAUAAAAAACGCAAGGAGAAGAAGCACAAGAAAGAUAAGGACAAGAAUCAGGAAAAGAAACAGAAGCACAAGGAAGGCGCAGCUUCGAAAGAUGGAAAGUCAGACGGCAACGAGACCAAAAUCAAUUACGAGAAUAUCGAGCCGCCUCUGGCAGAGUCAUUGAAGAAACAGAGAAAGAAUCCGAGACUAGUGUCCGAUCGCAAGCGUAGUAUACUUGACGAGGCCAGCUUCGAACCCGAUUAUUCGGCCUCGGACUCGGAGUCGGAUGGUGAGGACGGGAAGGGAUUGCAACCAUCAAAGAAACUGAAACUGGACGAAACGGAAUUAGACAAAGAGAUAGAGAUGAAAUCUUUGAAGAAGCGAUCUAAGUCCAGUAGUAGUGAAGAUACAUCCAGUAGUUCCGACACGUCAAGCAGCGAUUCGGACAGCAGUGACGAGUCGCAUAAGAAAAAGAAAAAGAAACAUAAAAAACAUAAGAAAAAGAAGUCGGCUAAGAAAGACAGUAGCUCAGAUUCGGACACUUAUUCGGAUUCAUCCGACAGCAGUAGCGACGAAGAGAAACAUAAGAAGAAAUCAAAGAAAUCAAAGAGCAGGAGCAAGCAGUCUAAGAAGAAGAAGAAAUCCAAGCAUAAAUGACAUCACUAGAUAUUUUUGAUGCUCGAUCAAAAAAUACUUUACCUGAACAAUAUAAAAAAACAUAAAAAAGUGCAAAAAAAAACAACAGCUUCUUUUCUUUGAGCGCUUUCAAAUAUUAUAAGAAUUAUUUCAUUUUCAUCAAUUCUAUGGACAGAUUAUGCAAUCGAUGAUAUAUGUAUUAUUUGCAAAUCUUUCAGAUAGAAUAAUAAGAUUAUUUUGUACUUGCGACAUUGCCCGAGUUAACAUAAAAUUAUUUUAAACAGGAAUAAUCUCUUUUUAGCAGUAGAUUAUUUAUUGGCGCGCAAAAAAAUAAAAACGUUUUUGACAAGUAAAACAAAUUAAUGGAUUGACGAAUAGUAGAAAGAAAUGAAAAAAAAGGGCAGCAUAUAUGUAUAUGAGAUAUAGAAAAGUUGCUCUAAUUUAUAAAAAGGAACAGAUAGCAUUAUAUGGCCUUUGCAUAAUUAUCACGUUCCGGUUUGGUAUAUUAAAGUACUGUAUGUAAGUUUAUUAUUGCAAUAAGUGAUGUACAUUAUAGCCCAUAUGUACCUUAUGAUAUAAUUUUGAAAAAAAUAUAUACAUAAUAAGCAUCUUAAAAAAAUCCAAUAAUUAUUAUGUAAUGAGUCAAGAACAAUAUCAUUUAGGAUUUCUGCUAUCUCAGCAUUAUAUUGUACUUUCAUAAUCUAAUGUCAAUAUGUAAGAAACAUCACGAAAUAAAAUAAUAAAAUUCUUUUAA